AUGCCGCUUUCGGACCAACGUCUUAAGGAUCUCAAGGCUUGCAUCCUCGCCUUUCACCAAAAUCCUAGCCAACCGAUUGAUGACAGGCAUCCUAUCAUGAAUAACUUUUUUUCCACUUUGGAACGAAUAUUUCGAUAUGGCUUGAAGGCGGGAGCAUCGCGUGGCGGUCAAACUAAGUGGGAUCCCUGGAACUGGAUAGAAAAGCUUCCCUCCUGUACAUCUAAUUCGGGCCUUUUUGUUCCUUAUCAGUUGUUGAAGGCCAUCGACGAAACCAAAAAGUCCUCGCGUGUAACUACUGCCCAGGGCAAAGGCCGACUCUUUUUGCGUACUUUGGUGCAACGAAAAUUGCUCGAGAAUUUGUUGCAGCUGCUAAGGGACAAUCCAGUCCUUGCCUUACGCCACUACGAAGCUGGGCAUAGUCUGUUUACAGACGAGAUCCUGUCGGAGAUUCUACGCUCCCUGUUUGCAGAAGUCGCUCGUCUUGACUUUCAGCUGGAUCUCGACAACGCCGACUUCCUUGACGAGACUUGGGAAUUGCCUGUGAUGAAGGAACUCCAGUUCGUUCCAUGCAGGUGA